UCGACCGCUAGCCCGUUGGUCUGACCUGUUUAUUCACGAAGGUUCUGGAAUUCUUGCUUCAUUCUUUGGCUGUGUAAUGUCCCAGGACAUAUACCGAGUAACUUUGCUUCGUGAAGGUUUCGAGAAAACUGGAGAACGUGGACAUGUAAAGCGUCAGUGUAACACCGUUUUGGUUAGAGGUCCAUGUGGAAUCAUGUUGAUAAAUCCUGGUUCUCCUUGGGAUGGACCUGCAUUAAUCGAGGCCCUUAAGAAAAAUGACGUUGCUGAUCCAUCAAACGUUAAGUAUGUUGUAUGCACUGAUGGUAGAGCCACACACGUUGGUUGUCUGAGCUUGUUUACAAAUGCUGAGCUGAUAAUUGUCGGUCAUGAUAUUCAAAAACCCGGGGACCUAUUUAUUGAACACGAUUUUAUGGACGACACAGUUCCCUUUGAGCUUGAUGAAAACCUCUCGAUUAUAGGUACGCCAGGAACAAUGGAUCAACAGGUCACAGUUUUUGUUAAAGGUGUAAUCACCCCCCAUGAUUCGCUUGUCGACGAUUCACCAACAAGCCCUGUUUCAAUUGCCAUUACUGGAUCGAUUUUUACAGACGCGGAUGAUGCCGCUAGCACAGGCGUUUUCCACAAUAAUUUCAUCUCAACUGAUUUUCGCGGGGAGACGCACUCAUGCCUCUCUAUGUGGCGCCGAAGUCGUGACCGCUUACUUGAAAGAUCCGAAUGGAUCUUUCCUGCCUUCGGGAGACCUUUUAAAGUAAAUUUGUUCAGCAUUUUUUUGCCACACGCUUCUGGUUUGCCUUUUAAGUCACCAGGCCAGCGAGUACUAGACGUCGGCUGUGGUUCUGGUAUUGGAUUAUGGUACGCUGUUAAACGCGUUGCGCCACACACUGUGUCCUACUUACGUUUUAACCCACCUGCCCGUAUUCUGGGCCCUCAGUGGCUGGCUCGUCUUGGCUUCGGGUCGCUAAAGGUCUCAACAGAUCUUGACAAGGAUGGAGUCGUCCAUGGCCUUGACAUCUCCGUCCCAAUGGUCAUGAAGGCAAAAAGUAAUCUUCACCCAUACAUCAAGGCGGACAGGGUCGUUCUCCAUUACGCUAACGUACAAAAUCUACCUCUCCAAAACUCCUCCAUAGACGCAUGCUUCCAUGUAGACUCCUUCUACUUCUGGCCCUCUCUGACCAGUGCCUUGGAGGAAAUAUGCCGUGUACUUCGGCCGGAAGGUGUGGUAGUCACAGUCUUUUCACCUCAGAGGAUUCGCCGAUACACUCGUUGGGGCUGGUUGCGUUAUGGCAGGGCAGAUCCGCUUGCUUAUGCAAUGGCCCUCGAAUCGACAGGGUUCUGUGACAUCGAAUGGAUAAAGGACGAUCCUAGGGCUCCGUCUGGAGUUCAUUGUAUUCGAGCACGAAAAGCCCCAUUAAAACUCCUUUCUUAG